AAUCAACAAUAAUCAACAAUAACAAGAGGUGUAUCCUGAAGUUUACCCUCAGAAUGAAGGCAGCAAAGAGAUCUGCCUGCGACCGGUGCAGGGCAAAGCGAGUGCGAUGCCCCCGUCCUGCUGACAGCAUAGAGCCCUGCGCCCGCUGCGUGCGCCUGGGGGAAGCAUGUGUUACGGGGUCCCCUGGUUAUCCCGGGCGGCCGCGAAAGAUGCCAGCAACGCCAACGCCGACAACGCCGUCAGCAACACAACCAAACAGUCUGGGGCUAUUGGAUGCGCCUGCAGGGGAGACAAUGAGCCGGGCUGAUUCAUGGCUGGAUCUAUUGGAUGAUGGGUUCUUUAACUUGAGCGAAGACUGCACACUGCUCAACCACGAACUGCCCAGUGUCUACCCAGGCCACGACUCCAACCGCAUCAGUGCCGAUGGUCUCGAAAGUGCAACAGGUUCGCUGGUACAAUUCGGAGAACGGAUGGAACGGCGUGUUUCAGCCAUAGAUGCCUUCUUCUCGGAUCCUCGCAACGUGGUGGAAAACUGCCCGGAGGAGGGGCCAGGCAUGACGGGUGAGAAUCCGGUGGCGACAGCGAUCCAAUGCACGGAAGAGUUCAUCCAAAUCCUCCAGACCGUGAUGACAUCGACUCUCAGCACAGAAACAACUCUCUUGAUCCUCACGGGCUACCUCCGACUCAUGCGAUUGUACGAUUCACUCUUCCGCAACGUCUACCGACGCCUAAGUCAAAUCCCAUCGGAAACCAUCCAGUCCGUCAAGGUCAAGGCCGUGCUGCGUAUCGGGGGUAUCUCUUCCCUGCAAGACAUGUCGGGCAAGGUGUAUGCCAGGGGAGUCAUCGAGGUCAUCGAAGCCCAUCUUCAAACCGUGGAGCGCUGCUUGGGGCUUCCCGUGGAAUACUGUCUCUCAGGCAAGACAGCCGCUCCAUCAGGGAUCUUCACCAGCGAUGAUCGAGCACGGCUGCUGCAUACUGUCAUGGCACAGGAGGAUGUCGGAGCGUCUUAUGUACAGUCAAUUCGACAACAUAUCAGGAUGACAGUCGCAUUGUGGGAUUGAAGCUCUUUUCAGUAUACUCUGGAUGAUAUGAUACAACUAUCUCUGUGCUAUAGG